GAUCACAUGACGCUUGAUGGAUUUAAUCGGGCGCUUGAUCAUUUUAUCCGCAUGGAGAGAGUGCGUCCUAACGCAGUGACCCUGAACUGAAUCAGGGUGAAUUUAUUCUGUUAUUUUACUGCUUUUGUUUUUAAAUAUAUUUACAGUAUAUAUCAGUAGUUAUGGGUGGAAGUGAAAGUAAGACCAGAUCAGUUUCAUAUGGACUGGAUGAAGAGGACAAUGUCACUGUUCUACAUGGAGUUAAGUUAUCAGGUGAUGUUCUUCAGCGAAUGCGGCAGCCUGGACCAUCUCCAGAGAAACCGGCAUCACCAAAACCAGACCCAGGGCCUCCCAGACCAUCUGCAGAAGAUAUGCAAGAGGAACUUAGAAGACGGUUCGAGCGUGAACAGGCUUUAGUCCAGGAAGAGUUAUCCCGAAUCGCCCGAAGAGAGAGAGAAGCUGCAGGAGAUGAUCUCAAUCCAGCAGUGCUCAGAGAAAGAUCCCAAAAACGUCAGGAACUGGAGAAAAAUCACAACCUGUCAGAUGAGUUAAACGUUCGGACUCGACAACUGAAGAGGAAAGAAGAUGAACUGAAACAUCUGGCAGAAUUUUACAAGGAGCAACUACAACUGAUGGAGAAGAAGAAUACAGACCACUAUCAACAGACUCUACAGAUGUACAAUGAAGAGGCGGUUAAAGCAGAGACCAAUAUCAAGCAUCAUCAUGUGACCCCCAUCUGUGUUGGGCUGCAGUUGCAGGUGUUGAACUGCUACAGAGAGAACAAACAUCAGACGCUGCAGUGCUCGCAACUCGCCAAAGACUAUAUGAACUGCAUCAACACAUCCAAGAAGAACUUGCUGGUGAACCACGGAUGAAGAUGAUGGUUAAUAUUGAAGAAGAGCAGAAGGGAGACAAAUUGCAUCCAUACAUCCAUAAUGUUUUCAGCACUCUCUCUCUCUCUCUCACUCUGGUGGAUGUACUGUAUGUCUGCACCAGGGUUGGGUUGUGUUGGUUUGUUGAUUAUAUUUCUUGAUUUACUGUGAGAAAAUAAAAUCUCUACAGUUGUGA